ACAGAUUUAAGUGUUUCUUUUUUAUGAAGGGGUUAAAAGUUGUUGGGUUUUUAAUAAUUAAAAAAAUGAUAAACCAUGAACGUACCCGAGAUAACGUUUCUGGUUCGCAUACCGAACACGAAUUAGCUUGAUGCUACUUGACUCUAAAUAAGUGCUGUUUUAAACAGACAACACUUGAACGGGGAAAUUCACGCGAUUAAUUAUAAUAACUGCGUCCAAUAAUUUGCUCCCAAGAGGGGGCAGUUUACGGGAAGCAUGAAUACAGGAACCCUGUGAACAUUUGAACACCGCCCACUGUGAAAGCGAAGGCAGCGCUGAACACAGGGACGUGCUCAGUCAGUCAGAGCUAGCUAAAACUCUGUAGGACUAGUUUAGUUGUUUCUCCAGGGUUAAGCCAGCUGUUGUAGUAACUAGCUUAUGAACUUGUAUGUAAGAGCAGGAAGGUAUGCUUAUCAAGGAGCCCAGUUUCCGUCGUUGUUUUGCUUGUGGUGUGGGUAAAUAGUGUACGGCGGCUGCGGUUCCUGUUGUUGUUGUUGUUGUUGUUGUGGCCUGCUAGCUCUAACCUAGCCGUAGCCUCAUCUGACUCACGGAGCUCCACUCUCAUCACAUCCCCGAAGACGCUUGGGGGGAAUGGCACACCUCGUCAGCUAAUCAAGAAGAUCGACUUGUCGCUACAGAGAAUCUGCAAUCUUCUUCCUCAGCUAUGAGACUCUCUGCUUAAUAAUUAACAUCUCACAAUAAUGGAGCUAUACUGGUACAUAGUUGUCAUUAUAUUCAUCGUCAUAAAGAUAUUUUUCUAUGUGUGCUGGUACCGGUCGAGACAGAGGCAACUGGCAGCAUACCUGAGCAACCCACGCAAUGCUCAGAUAGUCAUUGUUGGAGGAAGGGCCUACCUCCAUCAGAUGUGUGAGAGACAGAGCCAAACAUCAGUCUGGCCUAGUUGGUAUGGUGUCCAGGAUGACCUUUCGAUAGAGGAGCCCUCCACAGCCCUGCCACCAGCAGCAUCCUUCUCCCAGCUCGACAUGCCACCACCAUACGAGGCAGUAUCUGGAGAGGACGACCUGAAGCCCCCUCCCUACAGCGAGUGUGCCCAAGGCGACGUGCCCGACGCCCCGCAGCCCUCCCAUAACACUCUUCUUAUUUCUGAGGGAGGAGACUCCACUAGCGUAAAUGAAGCCCCGCCCCCCUACACAGCAUCUCCCCCUAUACAAGUCAGCCAACAGGACGGCGCUGUAAGUCACAGCGGGUCCACUUAAUCAAUCCCUGAUGCCAGUUUGCCUUUUCCAUGCACUGCCUUCCUACGUUCAACCUCAGUGAUUGUUGCCAGCCUAACUCUCACAGGAGAGCAAAUGUUUAUUUGGAUGUUUGUGCGUGUAUAUGAGUGUGUGUGUGCUUGUGUGCGUAUGUUUGUUGUUUUGUUUUUUUUACUUUGUGUUGUUUAAAAAAAAAAAGUUGUCAUCUGAUGAGUUUGGCAAUAACAGAUGACUUCAGUGAGCCUGAGUGCCUCGAUCAGGACUGCCUUCCAGCUAGGAUGAAAAUAAUCCCCUUGACCUCUAAGUUUCAAGGGUAUCAGUGGAGCCACAGAUAAACAAGAGAGACUUUUAAAGUGUGCUCUGUUUUAUAAAGGGUUUCUCUGAGGCCACCUUCUUUAACAGAACUAAAAUAGUUGAUCAGUCUCAAAAGCAAGCAGAUGCUUUAGUUUUUGUUCCAGAUCCUGUGAAGCAUAAUAUGUGGGGCGCGGCUUCAUAUUUGUGUCUGUCUGUAGACGCUGUUCUGAAACACAUUAAGCGAGUAACAGCCUUCCAUACAAAUUCACAGUGUAGACAAUCUAAUUAUAUUUCAGAGGAACUUUGCUAUGUAUAGCACAUGUGCAUAAUAAAUACUUUCAACUCCAAACUGUGUUUACUCAGUGCUUCAUUAUGAGUGCACUUGAGUGCUAUUUGAUAACAAAUGCACCAAUUGUCUUAGAUAAUUACCCCAUUAUCCCGUGUUUAAUAUAUUGUGGUGAUUAUACCGGGAUGUUAGACAGUUCAAGUGACUAUUAGACCUGAGAAUGGGAUUGAGCGAGGGCGAACAGAAAAGGGGAACAAGUGGAUGAAAUAAAUGAACGCUGGCAGUAGACGAGAGACGGAGCGAGUGGUCGUAAUCGGUGUAGCUGCUGGGUUCUUUCUGCUGCUCAUCAUUAUUAUCUCCUAUACACCAGAUUGCAGAUAGUGUAAACAUGAAUUUUUCUUCUGUUAAAAGUUGGGAAAUUGGACAAUCGGUUUUGUUCAAUGGGUUGGAAAAAAAAUGCAAAUGUGUCUUAUGUAGAUGUAAAUCCAGCUGGAGGAUGAUCAAAAUCGUUGUAAUGAAUUGUAAUUCUCAUUUAAAUAUGUCUUCAAAUGAAAACGUGUAACAACCCUAGAAGAACACUCACAGGGCUACGAGCAAAGGCUCAAAACAUUUUUGGAUGUGAAGGCUGCUUUUUAUGUGGUUUCUUAGAAGUCACCAAAACUGAGCUGUCACUUUUUUUCUUUUCUUUUUUCUUUGUGAACAGAAAACUAACCAAAAAAAAAAGUUUUUUUAACAGUUCUGUUUCUGAUCAUCUUUACCUCUGCCACAGGGUGGUAGAGUUCAGCUGUUUUACAUAUAUAUGUUUUCUUCUGUUGUAAUUUUUCAAAUGCUAUUUCUUUGGAAAUUUUGUUUUUGUUCUUUUGUCUUUUUUUUCUGUCACUGCAUUUCAGUUAAUCCAGAAAUAACACUGUACUCCCAGAUAAUCCAUUUUACGUGUUUGUUUAAUCAGUCUGUGUGUAGUUUCUGAACAUUAAGGGGGGAGGGGCAUGAGAUAUCUAGAAAAACUGAAUGAAUUUUAAAUGUUUUCUGGACUUUUGGGUAAACGGGGUCUGUUCGGAGAAUCACAUGUGAUGUACUUUAAUGGUAAUUCUUUGUAUUGUGAUGACAAAUCGUCCAACGCUGAUGCAUUUUUACCAAAUUUACCUGUGUUGGUUUUACAAUCUGGAGGAUGUAACGGAGAAGCUGCAAGGUGCAAAUCUGAAUGUGGGCUUGAAAUGGCAUCUUUUGUAUGGCGGCAGCAUGAUGACGAUUGACGACCUGAGUGUUACGAGGCUUCUGUCCGCACUGUUUGUUCACUUCACGUUCAUUCCCAUUGUGGGCAACAUAUCAGAUGUCCCCACUUAGUAGCUUUGCAAGUCGAGGGGAAUUAAUUAUUUUUUUCUGCUUUGGGAGAAAUGCAUCUUCUGUAUUAAAUUGUUGUUAUAUAAAA